AUGCAAAGUCUUGGUCGUUGCACGCUAGGCGUUGACCUGCAAGGACUUGCUUCUUAUGCAAUUCGUUCCGGCUACUUAUCAGUUGCACCCUUGAGAAUCGCAGGAGUUUUUGGAAUGUGUUGUUCACUGGGUUGCUGCUGCGUCGGUGACGCAUCGGACGAAAACUACGAAAAUCUUUUGCACAAAGGUCGUCGUUCGUGCACGGAUUGUUCAUUUCUUAUCUUAUUUCUGAUCUUCUGCGGUGGUCUGGGAUCUAUAGCAUGGUUCGCUGUAGAUAAUGGAGACCCUUACCGUAUUCUGUAUGGUUCGGAUAGUUUCGGCAACACUUGUGGGCGCAACAAUGGACCGAUUUUCAUCCGAUCGAACAAAACUGAUGAAAAACAGCAGUUUGAGUAUUCCGGACAGAACAUGACUGAGAGAAGAUUCAUGUUUCCUCUCAAUGCUUCAAAAGCACUAGACACUGUUUGGACCUGUGUCAGAAGCUGUCCCGAAGCUACCAUCACCAGCUACAGAGAAAUCAAAAACUUAGCCUUAGAGCAGAACAACAGUCUUUGUGUUGACCAUCAGUCUGCCAUUGAUGCAGCAGAGCAGAAACCACGAUAUGGCACUUGUCCAAGGCUGCCUGUUCUCAAAAGUAUCAGCAUCCUGAAUCGUUGUAUUCCGGAGGACUUAGUUACUUUCGGUCGAGAUCUGCUUCAAAAGGUAGUCGAGUUGGACUGGAUUCGUGGUUAUCUUCACGAUCUCAUUGAUACAUCUCCGUUUCUACUCCAGAUGUGUCUGGUGGCAUUAGCCCUUUCCUUAGUAUCGAUAGCGUUGCUGAGGUUCUUCGCUGCAGCUAUAAUAUAUUUUAUAUACUUGGCAGUCGCAUUGUUGGCCAUAGGAUUUUCCGGAAGUAUAUGGUAUGCUAUCUGGAAAGUACGCAUGAAUUCCUUACCGUCGCUUGGUGGUGAUAAUGCCACCGAAGCCACCACAGCAACCUUAUCUGAUCACAAACCUUACCGACUUACCGCGGCCAGUCUUUUCAACGAUCAAAAUCUCUCGCAGAUGUUCAAUCUUGAAAACACCACUACGUUGACGCUUUUUGCUGUGGGGAUUGGAGCUACAGUCAUCUCAAUUUUCAUCGUAGCAGCGGUGUGGUGUGUCUUACCGCGAGGUAAGAAGAUGAUACGGCUUUUCAAAGGGGCGUCAAAGGCGCUGUCAGCAAUGCCAUCUCUCCUUUUGCAACCAUUGGUUAAUGCAGCCUUGAUUCUCAUGGUUGCUAUAUAUACGCUAAGCGUCGUGCUUGUGCUGUUUACAUCAGGUGACUUGGUCAGCAGAAGGAUAACGAAUGGAGACAACAGAAAUGAAAGUAUCCUUAUAAUCGAGACAAAUAUGACACAAACGACUAAAAUAAUGAUGUUCUACCAGCUUGUUGGUUUCAUAUGGGUGUCAGAAUUUUUUAUGGCGUGCCAGCGGCUCUUUAUUGCUGGGGCUGUCAGCAUGUAUUAUUUCGACGUGUUGUCCUUAUCUCGUAGAUUUGCGUCACCUACACCCAGAUCUCCGGUGAUGUGCUCGUUAUGGAAUCUCAUUCGAUAUCAUUUGGGAUCGGCUGCACUAGGAGCAUUCAUAAUAACGCUUGUAAGAGUGCCCAGAUACAUAGUAAUAUGGACGCUUGCCAGAAUGCGAUCCGUUGAAAAUGUGAUAAUCAAGAAGCUGCUAGCUGUUUUUGUAGUAUUAUUGGGUUGUAUCGAAAAAUGUUUGCGAUAUAUAAACUACAAUGUCUAUACCGUAAUCUCAUAUUCUGGUUUCAGCUUUUGCCCUGCGGCUAAGAUGGCGGUAAAUCACCUCUUGGAUAAUGCCGUUGAUGUGGCGACUGUAAAUACCGUGGGUGAUUUGGUGCUCUUCUUAGCCAAAUGUCUUGUAGCUGGAGCAACGACACUGUGCGCUUUUUUCCGUUUGGAGGAGUUAUGGCCAAGAUUAUCGCAUCCGUGGUUCCCAUUGUUAAUCAUGUUCCUGUGCUCCUAUCAAAUCUCAAAUUGUUUUCUUUCUGUCUACGAGAUGACUGUGGACACCAUAAUGCUGUGCUGUGCUGAGGAGCUGCUUCUUCUGAAAGACAAUCCCGAAUUAUUGCAGCAGUAUAGGGAAUACAUUGAUGGCACCUCGGAAAUGUCGGGUCAAAAGAACGUGCGCUUUAUUGGUGCUACAACAAUCGAGGAAAGUUAUCCUCUGAAUACUGUAGAAGAGAGAUGAUGUCUAUAAUCUACUUUUUGUAAUUAAUGCUGUUCAAUGCUGCUUGAUUUUAUUAUCAUUGUGCAUCACUUAUUACAUAAGUCGAUGUAUACUGAGUCAGUUGUUGAUUGAGUCUCGACCGAUGGUUUGAAGAGUCGUUUGUGAGAAUAUUUGAGCAUCUUUCAUGUUUCUUUGGUGUUUUUCCUUGCAAAAUGAUCAGAUUACCGCAAAGAAUCGUUUACGGAAACUGUAUGUAUAUAGCAUCGUGAUGAAACUAUUCAGGUGAAUU